AUGAAUGAAUAUAUUUAUAUAACUAACAGUUGGUCUAAGAUUGCGGAAUUGCUUCCUGGAAGAACAGACAACCAAAUAAAGAACUAUUGGAGAAGCAGAGUUCAAAAGCAAGCAAAGCAACUGAAAUGUGAGGUCAAUAGUCAACAAUUCAGAGACAUUAUGGGCAACGUCUUAAUACCCCGUUUGACUGAGCAAAUCCAAAAUUUGACCCAAAAUACUUAUACAAAUGUUCAUCAUCAUGAUAAAUCUCCUAAUCCAUCCAUCACCCGGGGUGCUGACCCGACCACCCGACUCAAUAUUACUAUGCCAGCUGCUACUUCAUCAAAUGACGUCGUACUAUUCCAACCCAAUUAUUAUGACAAUGAUGACCUACUCAUGUUACUCCAACCAGACGACCACGUUGCUACUACUGCUGAUCCUUUUGGACAUUACUCCUUUGAAUAUAAUGAAAGUCCUAAUACAUUUUGGAACACUCAGAGCUUUAUAUGA